UCUGUUUGUUCACUGCCAUUGCAAUUCUGCUCAGUAUUAAUUAAUGGCGGAAGGGUAGAGUAGGCCGUAUGCCCUUUUCCUCUCCUCUUACUCCAAAACCUCUGCUCCCGGCGGGGCAGAAGUCCAACUAUCACUUGUCAAUCCUCUCUUGCUAUCUGAUUAAAUAGUGGAGUGGAAAAAGAGACAGGAUACGCUGAAAAUAUUCCAGAUGGAAGCCGGUCAGGUUGUAAUUGAUGGUAGUGUUGAAAAUGAGAUAUCUUAUAUGCCAGCAAACCCUGCCAGUCCUCCUGCCCAAGCAGAGCAUUUUGGUAGUCCUAGAUUCGACCCCACGUCAGCAUCAGCUGAAAAGAAGAGGAAGGUCAUGGCUAACAAUCAGGAUUCGCAAGAGAAAAAUACACCUCCAAGUGUCUCGAACUGUUAUGUUUUCAAGAGUCGAUUGCAAGAGUAUUGUCAAAAGGCAGGACUGACAACUCCAGUUUAUGAAACUAUCAAGGAAGGGCCUUCUCAUGAGCCUUCCUUUAGAUCAACUGUAAUUGUAAACAAUGUCAGAUAUGAUUCUCUACCAGGAUUUUUCAAUCGCAAGGCAGCAGAGCAAUCAGCUGCCGAAGUUGCUCUCGUAGAACUCGCCAACUCUGUUGAUAUGAAAUUUGGGAUCUCUCAACCUGUUCAUGAAACGGGCUUGUGCAAAAACUUGCUGCAAGAAUAUGCCCAAAAGAUGAACUACGCCAUUCCCUUGUAUGAGUGCCAUAAGGAAGAGAAACAAGGCAGAAUGCCCAUGUAUUCUUGCGUGGUUGAAAUUGGGGGUAUCAAGUAUGUUGGAGCUGCAGCAAGCACAAAGAAAGAGGCUGAGAUCAAAGCUGCCAGGACUGCCUUGUUAGCCAUUCAAUCUGCUGCGUCAGUCUCUCAGGAUCAAACUGGCACCUCCGUUUACACUGUUAUUCCACAGAAGAAGAAGGUAUCUGAUCUUGGAAUCAGCACUCAGGAGACAGCAGCAGCCCUCAAACCAAAGAAAUGUCGUUUCAAGAACCAGCCGCGGAAGAAGAGGCAUGUGAAAAAGGGAAACUCCUUUCAAGGUACGAGUUCUUUGGAGGUCAACACAAAUGGUCAGGCUGGAGAGGGGCUGGUUGUAACAGAUUCCAUGAGCUCGCCGAAUAACAUGGCUGGUGGUUUUGAGGUCAAUAUCGCCGAACGGGCAGGAGUAGAAGUGAAUGCAACUGAUGCCAUCGGCUCCCAAGUUAAGACAAUGGGUGGUUCAGAUAUCCGUAACAACAGCCAGAGUGUAACCAAUAUUGCCAGCUCCCAAGGAACAGAUGCUGGACUUGGUCAUGGAAACGAGAACGAAAAACUAUAAUACAGGAUUUAGUGAUUGAAUUCUAGAAAAUACUAUACUUGCAUGUUGAUGAAUAUUGUAAGGAUGGGGGAUCUACGGCAGUGGAUGCCAAUGACUAUGAUACAAAAAGCUUCUAACCAAAUGUAUCCUUACCCCCAUGAGUGUUGUGGAUGGUUGAAUUGUUUUAGUUGUAGGAGAUCUUGACUAGGAAAUUUGUUGCGAUGUUUGGAUGAUGAUUGUAUUGGUUGAGAUUGGGUAUUGGGGCUUAAUUUCAUGUGGAUGGUUAUGUUAUGUAUCCUUGCGUCAAACACAUGAGAA